AUGUCGUCGUCGUCCGCCGCGCCGCCGGCGCCGGGCUCGCCGCCGCCCAAGAUGCCCUCCUUCGACCUCUCGCCCGUGCCCAAGAACCCGCUCGGCGAGGGCAACUACGUCACCAGCGCUGGCUGCAUUAUCAUCGGCGACGAAGUGCUCAACGGAAAGACCAAAGACACGAAUUCAAACUACUUCGCGAAGUGGUGCUUCAACCUGGGCAUUGAGCUCAAGCGCGUGGAGGUCAUCGCUGACGACGAAGAUGAGAUCGUCGAGGCCGUGCGAAGAAUGGCGUCGAAGUACGAGCUGGUCAUGACGAGCGGCGGCAUCGGCCCCACGCCCGACGACGCGUUUGGCAACGGCGACCUCGAGUACCACGACGAGACGCUGCGGCGCAUGCAGGAGAACCUCAAGGCGCGGCGCCGCGACGCGACGGAGCAGACUGAGGACAUGCUCACGGCGCGCAAGCGCAUGGCGCUCUUCCCCGCCACGCACGCCGAGGUCAUCUUUCCCACAAAGGAGCUCUGGGUGCCCGUCGUGCGCAUGAACGGCCGCGUCAUCAUCCUGCCGGGCGUGCCGCGGCUGUGCGAGGCGCUCAUCGAUGGCAUGGAGAAAUACACGCCAAUCGACCCGAACCGCCCGCGGCCGUACCGCCUGCUCGUGCACACCAAGUGGCCCGAGAGCAACAUUAGCCCGUUCCUGGUCAAGCUGACGGAGCGCUGCAAGGCCGAGGGCAUCAAGGUCGGCUCGUACCCCAAGUGGAACAACGGCGUCGAUGUCUCGCUCAUCGGCAACGACCUCGAGCGCCUGCAGGAGCUGGGCCGCGAGGUCGAGAAGGAGGUCGAGGGCACCAUCACCAGCCAGGGCAAGAUUGGCGAGGAGAGCGGCAAGGACUGA